AUUACUUUUGCGACUCCACUUAAAAUAUUCCCUACAACACAGACUCACCUGAAGACCCAUGGGUUACGAUGUAUGUAUCGGAAGAACACCGCUACUACCGAAAGGCGAGAAAAAAGUUUUCAUUGAAGACCUAUGGCCUAUUGUGUCUCUGGCUAAUUUUGGCCUUAAUACAAUGGAUAGUGGUCGCAAUAAUAGAAGAUGCAAGGCAUACUUUCCGUUCGCUAUACUACAUAUGUUUCGUGACCUUUGCACUGGCCGUAUUGCUAUUCACCCUGUUCAUUUUUAUUGAGAAGAUGCGUUUUAUGAAAGGUGUAAAUUUUGCCGUGUCACUUAUUAUUGUUGAGCUUCAGAUCAUAUCGACAUUUGCUCUAGUAGCUCUGAGUUGGUGGGCGGAGGUUCUGGCCUUUUUUUUAGUGGCUUUAUUAUUGGUGGUGAUAUUCUUAAUAAUAGGAAUAUUUCUACCAGCUAAGGCGGAUCUCACCCUGGACAUCGCGAUUUUAUUUAUAAUCGCAUUUAUUUUCCUAAUUAUCGCGAGCUUCGUUCUAAUGUUCGAGUUACUUGUCUGGAAAACGAUUCCUUGGGCAUAUUUGGUGGUGGAAAUAUCUGUAACCUUGACUAUUCUUCUUUUUGUUAUGUAUCAUGGUCAAACUAUUCAUGGAAACCGAUUUGCCGAAAUGCGUCUAAACGAUUUCUUUCUGGGAUCCCUUAUUCUGUUUCACGACUUUCUUAUCAUUUACUGGCUGACAUUCUACUGGCAGACUAAAUACAGACACCUCACGCCUGAUUCUUGGGUAGCAACAUCUACCCGUGACCCGGAAUAUAAUAAUAAUACUAGAUAUAGAAAUAUUGACAGUAAUUUGGACUGGGAGCAGCCACACGAUCGAACAACUAAUCUACCCUGGGAAAAUGAGAAUUGGUCUACCAAAGAUGAUGAUGGAGGCGAUCCCAAUCGUGGCGAUAAGCUUUACCCGCAGAUUCCAAAAGGAAGGGGUGGAAAUCGGGAUCGAGGAAUAUAUGGAAAUCGAGACUUCGGUGAUGAUGAACUUUAUCCACAGGAUCCAAAAGGAAGGGAUGGAAAUCGAGGCCGCGGAAUUUAUGGGAAAGGAAACCAAGGUGAUGAUGAGCCUUAUCCAGAGAUUCCAAAUGGAAGAGGAGGAAAUCGGGAUCGGGGAAUCUAUGGAAAUAGAAACCAUGGUGAACGAGAUCCCACGGAUAGACGACAGCCAAAUAAUUGGGUAACCACUAAAGAUUGGUCGGUUUACAAACGGAGACCAAGUCACGAAAAUAGGAAUGGAGCCCGAACCAAUAGUCCAACAACAACUUACGAUUACCUCACAACUUAUUAUCAUGAUGAAUGGGAUCCUGAAUAUAUAACACAGGGUUUGGAAAAGGAAGUGCCCUUUGACGAUCAUUUUGUCGAUGAUUCUAAAGAUCAACCUGGAGAAGAUAUUUUAAAUCCAAUGCCCGACGAAGAUUAUGAAGAAUAUAUGGAUCAUGGUGAUGACGAAGGAAAAUCGGCAGUUGGCCUAGAAAAUCCAUCUAUCGAUUUUCCUUCGGCAGACCACCAGCCAAGUGAUGAUUCUGAAAAGAGGGAAGAGCCCAAGACCGACGACUCUCCGAAUAUAUAUAUAGUUCCUAGGACUCAGUCAGGAAAUCGUAGUGCGAAUGGAAAUCUAGAAAUAUUAAAUCCUAUUGAAAAUAGUCAAAAGGUUAAUAAUUUCAACAAUAGAAUCCCCAGCUUAAUUGACGAUGAAAUUAAAGGAUCAACCAGAGGCGAGCACUUAAAAGGAAAUCCGGAUGUCAAAAACAUACCCCAAUGGGAAGAGUUGAGCGAAGAUCAAAUAAAGAUAUUAUUGGGCCGAAGGACAUCAAAGGAUUUGGAGGAUUAUCGAACAAUUAAGAAUCGCUGGGUUGAACCAUUAAUUACAAGAGAGCCCUAUAAACCAAUAAACCUUCCAGAGAACGAAAAGCUUGUAAUAAAUGUCAGCUCGAACGUAUUGAUAUGAGCUUUUAAAGCCGAUAGACAAUAUAUGAAUUAUUCUCCCUCGUAAAUUUAA